UGACUAACCUUUGGUUUUAUUCUACGUUAUCUGCUAACAUUUGGUCUCAUGACACUGGCGGAUAUGUACAUUGCAAGAUGCCUAGUUCAAUGAUGAAACUAGAGUUCAUGUGUUUUGAUUAGACACAUUUUUUUUACUAAAUUUAUUUAAAGAGAAAGGAGAUUUUCAUUAGUGCCUGUUUCCUGUCGGUGAACAAUGUCUCCAUGGUUACCGCUGAGUUGGAUGACAAUAGUGAUGCAAUACUUACUAGUUGCUGGUCAACAAAUUAGCAUAAUAGCACACUUAAAAUAUCAGCAGAUUGAUACCGAUAUAGAGAUUGAUCCAUGCCACACAUUUCUUGUCGACAGAGUUCGAUUCAUUGCGUCUCCUACAUGUAAACUGACCCUGAAAGUCCCAGUGACAGAGCCGGGAGUAGACAAAGAGAUACUUGACAUUGUAAACAGUAUCCAGAAAGGAUGCAAUCACAAACAGAUGUGUCAUCUGAAAGAUGCUUGGUCUUUCAAUCCGUGUAUUAAAUGUUUAGAUGGUUCGAUAUGGGUCAUUGAAAGAUUUGAAAUCAUAGUACUAUUGAACAAAAACACUUCACUCUGUUCAAACAGAUCCGUUGAACAUAUGACAGACGUGGUCAAAGAAGGACGUUUCCAGCCAGCCCUACUCUCAUUGAUUUUCGUCUUAUCCAAUCUCUUCUUCAUCAUCGUGAUACUGGCGGUCGUCUCAAUGAAAAGGAUCAGCAAUCCAAGGAUUCACGUUUACGACCAAACAAAUACAGACCAGAGUGAAAUUCACAUUUACCAAGAGACAUCCUUGCCAAAGUCAAUAGAAUAUGAUGAGAUUACAACAGAAUGGACCAAUAGUGAAUAUAUCAUACCUAUUUAAAGAUAGAGAACUUCCCUAAUGUUACAUUUACAGACCUAGAUUUUCUAAUUGUUACAUGUAGAGUUUGUUAUGGUCCUUAUAUUUUUAUUAUUUGAUUUACAUUGACGAUAAAUUUUAACAUAAUACUUUGUCCAUAAUGUUCCAUUCAACUAAUUUGCCUGUAAUAGUUUAUCUAUUGACCUAAUUUGUCCAUAAUGCUCUAUCUACUGACUUGCAUUAUGCAUAUUAUUCUAUUUAUUGUUCCCAGUCUUUUAUUGUUUAUUAUUAUUUGUUUAAACAUUAUGUUUAGUGUAGACUAACUAAGUACUAUUAAAUGAAUUUUAAGCCAGAAAGAAGGUACUAUUCUAUUAAGAUUUAUUCUAAAUGUUUGGUAUUUCCUCAAAAUGUCAGAGCUGUUUGUUGCUUUUUUUUUAACCGUCUGAAUAUGAAUAUAGCUUACUAAAUAUAUAAAUGCAAUGUGAUCAAUUCCGUAGGGAUGAGUGCAGUGUUUACAUGACUUCACAAAUCCAUUUUGUAUAUUUUUGAGCAUCUCAAGCACACAAAGCAAUUGCCCGCCGGCAGUCUAUUUAAGGUUUAUUUUUUGUCUUAAAUAAAGGCUUUGGGUCUCCGUGUCCCGCGACCUUUGUAAGAGCUCUAACACUUUUUCUUCCAGAGGCCAUCUGCUGACAGCUACUAUCCUCUAGUCCAGUGAGGGCGAAAUGGGUGUAAAUUGAUCCUCCUAGCGCUUACGGGGGAGCGCUUCUUUUGUAACUCGUAAUUGUAUUUGAUAUUUCCUUUUUUAAGAUAAGAAAUAAAAGAAUUCGUUGGUCAGGAGUAUGUGUAGGAGCGUCAUAACGUGUGCCAUUCCAUUGAAAGAAAUUAAAAGGGGAAAAUGUAUUCAUGAUAAAAAAAAAUAAUAAUAAAAAGCACAAAUAUCAGGGAUACUGGAAAUCACAGGCUAAUAGUUUACAAGGGGAUAUUCUAUAAAAUAAACUUAAAUAAAGUUAAACUUUUAGUUUCUCUUUUGGCAGAACACAAGAGAGAUUAGCUCAUGUUCUAAUAUUCCAAAUCGUUCAAAUCGGGACAAGAGUAUGUUGUGAUAAAAUGCAAAGAAUAAAGAUGGGUGUAGCUUUUUGGGUAAAACAAGGAAAUAAUAAUAUUAUUGGUUUUAUUGGGUAUUUGAUCUUGAUUUGGUUACCAAAGAGUUAUAACAAUUUUCAGAGAAGGCCUCUUUAAAAUCUUACAGUUAAUAGGCUGUCCACCCAAGCUGCUAAAUAGUAUUGUCUCUUUCCGCCAAAACAUAAUGGGUACAGUACAGUUUAACGGCGCCUGCUCCGAAAGUUUCAGUAUAAACAGCGUAGUCACACAAGGAUGUGUCCUGGCCGCGUUUGACAAUCCACCGAAGGCAUAUAUCUUCAUUCCAGAUUUGAUGGCAAACUUCUAAAUAUUGCUAGACUGCUAGACAACCCUCUUUGGAAUACUCUUUUCAAUGCUAAUCCACCACGCGUUUGACAAAUCCACCGAAGGCAUAGAUCUUCAUUCCAGAUUUGAUGGCAAACUUCUAAAUAUUGCUAGACUGAGGGCCAAAACUAAAACCAUAACCACCCUUUUAAGAGAUAUGCUCUUCGCGGACGAGGCAGCGGCGGUAGUGGCACAUUCACAUGAGUAGCUUCAGUCACUAAUGUCCUGCUUCUAUAAGGCUUGCAAAGAGUAUGGCCUAACCAUUACCACAAAGAAAACUAAAGUUAUGGGACCAUCUGCUACAGCACCACCCUCCAUCCUCAUUGACGAUAACAUGCUAGAUGCCGUAAACGAAUUCUGCUACCUUGGGUCUACAAUUCAAGACGACCUGUCACUAGAAGAGGAGAUCACAUAAGGCAUAGGGAAGUCCGCAUCAACCUUCGCUAGACUCCGACCAAGAGUUUGGGAAAACCAGAAGCUCACCACAGCGACCAAAAUGGAGGUCUACAGGGUAUGCGUUCUUAGCACGCUACUGUACAGCAGUGAGUCGUGGACAACCUACAACAAAUAAGAGAAAAAACUAAACUCAUUCCACUUGCGCUGCCUUCGAAGGAUCUUAAAAAUAACAUUUAAAGAAAAAGUGUGCAAUACUUAGAUCCUCGCGAGAUCGGGACUUCCCAGCAUCUUUACGGUCCUCAGGAAACUUCGCUGCGCUGGGUUGGACAUGUUCGACGGAUGGAGGACAAUCGCAUCUCGAAAAUCAUUCUGUAACUUGCGUCUGGCUUUAAAAAAACUGGUCGCCACCACCUCCAUUACAUUGAUGUGAUAAAAAGGGAUUUAAAAUCAGUAAACAUUGAUACUGACCAUUGGGAAGGCAUAGCCUUAGACCGCACUAGUUGGAGAGAGACGGUGACCAAGAAAGCUAUAGACAGCGAGAAAACAUGGGCCUCGAUUCUUGAAGAAUAGCGUGCCACACGGAAAAUGGCCAGCUCCUCUACCACCAAAGCGAAAGCCACCUUGUCCUGCAAUAUAUGUGGACGGGAGUGUCUCUCCAAAAUAGGGCUCCACAGCCAUAUGAAAACGUGUUCGAAAUAGAACAUAGUCGUUUCUCGACUGUAUAGGCCAAUGACAUGACAUAACUAUUUGUGGUACGUAUCUAUGGUCCUCUACGAAACAAUGAAAAUUGCCUAAAGAGAACAUUAAAUUAAACAAUCGUUCAAAUUAAAAUUACGUUGAGAAAAAAACUAUUACUUUGUUCAAAUUAUCUUCAAAUAAAUUGUUUUGACAAAGUUAUAUGUUUAUCUUUAAAAAAAAAAUUAAAUGAAAAUACUAUUCAAUGAGGAAACAAAAUAAAGUGGCUUUGUAUUUUCACAUAAACUCCUAGGCGUCCACUGUGUGGUAAUUUGAAUAUAUUGUUCUUCUGCCUGAUUUUCUCUUGUAUUUUUUUUUGUCAUUUAUUUCAAGUCCUACUGGUCGAGAUUCUUCUUCCAGUUGUGGGAAAGCUCUAGCAAUGUCCGAGGUGUCUUUACCCAAUAAGGCAAUGUCAUCUGGAUAUGCAAAGUAUUGUAGAGGUUGUCUGUAUAUUGUUCCUGUUGAUUGGGGACCUAUGUUUUCUCUUCUCAAGUAUUAAUUGUCAGAAACGUUAAAAUAUUUAGGAAACAUGAUACAUUCAAAAAUUGACCUUAUAACAGAAGUAAAUCUUAUCUUAUAUAAUACAGACGUCAUUUCAAAAAAGAAGAUGAUUACGUACUACGCGUCAUGCAUUUAGUCAUGCAUAUUAACCAAUUACUUAAAUUCUGCCAAGUCACUGGUUUUCCUGGCUAGCUCAGGCAACCCAUUCCAUGCUCUAAUAGCACUAGGGAAGUUGGAGCACUUGUACAAAUUUGUCCUAAUAUAUGGAACGAGGAAUGUGCCAUUAUCUUUGUGU